AUGCGCGGAACGUGUGCCCUGCUCGGGUGGCUCGCGCUCGCGUCCCCCAUCGCCGGCCAGCAAAUCUGGGACGUGUUCACUACGAAAUGGGACAGAACCAGCCUCUUCACCUACUCCCAGCCGUCGCCCGUGAUCAACUUUGGCACGCCCGGGGCGACGGGGCAGGCGGAUAUCGUCGUCGACGAUGCCAAGACGUACCAGACGGUAAUCGGGUUCGGGGCUACUCUCACCGACUCGUCGGCACUCCUCCUGAGCCAGCUCAAGUCCAAGAACGCGAACCAAUAUUGGUCGCUGCUAAACUACCUAUUCGACCCGACCGACGGGAACCACAACGCCGGCUUCACCUUCCUGCGCGUGCCCCUCGGCGCGUCCGACUUCUCAGCCAGCGUCUACAGCUUCGACGACACGAGCGGCGACACCGCGCUCAACAACUUCAACAUCAACAACGCGCCCUCCUACCUCUUCUCCACCAUCCAAGACAUCAUGAGCGUCAACUCGAUACUCAAGAUCCAGAUACUCCCGUGGUCGCCCCCCGGGUGGAUGAAGAGCGGCGGGACCAUGAAGGGGGGGACGCUGAAUACGAACUACAUCAACACCUACGCGAACUACCUCCUGAAAUGCCUCCAGGGCUUCCAGAGCAAAGGCAUACCGCUGUACGCCAUCAGCAUCCAGAACGAGCCCGAAAACAGCGACGCCACCUACCCGAGCACCAAGAUGCCCGUGUCGACGGAGGCCGCGGUCGGCGCCGCGCUGCGGACACUCAUGGAUAAUAACGGGUUUGGCGGCGUGGAGAUUGUGGGGUACGAGCAUAAUUGGGACGACGCGGGGGGGUACCCGGUGCAGCUAAUGCAGCAAGCCGCCGGCGCGUUCUCCGGCGUGUCGUUCCACUGCUACGGCGGGCAGGUGUCGGACCAGGACACGUUCCACUCGCAGUACCCGAGCAAGGAGGUGUACUUUACCGAGUGCGCGGGGACGAUCGGGUCGGAUUGGUGGAGCGAUAUCAAGUGGUAUAUGGACAACAUAAUGACCGGCGCGAUCACGCACCACGCGAAGACGGGCGCGAUGUGGUGCUGGGCGCUCGACGGCAGCGGGAACCCGAAGCUGCCCGGCACGGACAGCUGCGGCGGGGCCGGGUGCCGCGGGGUCGUGACCAUUGACACGGGCAAGGGGACGUGGAGCGUCAACCAGGAGUUCUACGCGAUGGCGCAGGCGUCGCGCGCGGUCAUCCCGAAGGACACGGGCGGGCCGUUCGCGAAGAUGAUCAGCGCGAGCGUGGGCGGGGACAUGGCGUGGGGCCUCGUCGUCGGCGCGUACCAGACCGCGCGCAAGAACGCGGCGGACUGGGAUCGGUAUAGUCUGGUCGUGACAAACUGGGCGGACAAUACGAACGGGCAGUGGAACCCGCAGCCUAUUACAGCUACUAUUGAGUUCAGGGGGAAGCAGGCGACGUAUACCUUCCCCGUGGGCGUGACUACGCUGUGGUGGUUCGCGGAGAGUACGGGCUCUGCGAGGGGCGAUGGUCAGGGUGGUGUGUAUGGGAAUAGCACGUUUGUGGUCCAAGGUGGGGUUUUGUAG